AUGUCUCAAGUCGACAAGGCAACUGUUCUCGACCUUUUACAGUGGCCAACUGCGCAAAAGUUCGUAGAGCGAGCGAGCGAGUUCUUGAGCGAAGUCCAAGACUUGACCCCCGGAAAGGACCUUGAAGCCAGGCUCAACAAGGAGUACGGCCCUGGAAAUUCUUACUACGAAGACUUUUGCUUCUAUAUCAAACAGGGCGUUAAGGAGGGAUGGGUCGCCCAAACUGAACUUGAUGGCCCAAAGUACCGCCGGGGAAGAAUCACCGACCCGGUAGCCCAGACCAGGUUCUUCAGCAUCACCACUGUCUUCAUGGACAGCCAGGAAGUUUAUACUGGCCAAUAUCAUGCUCAUCCAUACGGAGAGAUCAACUGCGUCAUACAGAUCGAUUCGACGGCGGAGCUGAAGGGCAUGCAGGCUGGCAGGCAGCCGGUUGGACUGCCCCUGGACCCGGCACACACCACUAUCGAGAGGAUAUACCUUGCGUGA